CCCUCAGGGCGCUCUGAUUGGCCAGGGGAGGGAUGACAUCACAAAGGCCAGCUGUUGAUUUGGCGGAGAGUGUGUGUGUGCAUGAGAGAGAGAGAGAGAGGAGAAUCAGGAAGGAUUGCGGCAGCGAUGGCUUUGGGCAUGUACGCGAACGCUCCGUGCUCAGACGGAGGAGAGCAGAGCUGCACUGAGCGCGCUCCAUUUGAUGGCACUCAGGCUGCCAUGGAAACUAAUGAUGUGAGCCGAGCAGCGGAUCAUGAACGCCAGGCAGGUGUCCGAGGGUGAUGCGGAGCGUGUGUGUGAGCCGUGGUUUGGCGACCCGACCAGAGCGCUUUUGACGGGGGUCAUGGGACUGCUGCUGCCCCCUGUCCGUCUCUCAGUCCGCCCUGCUGCCUCCAGAGGCCCCAGGGUCCUACGCUCCCUAAGGUUCCAGCCCAGUCCUGAAAACAGCACAGCCAGGUGGUGAUUUUCGGUCUUGCUUCUGAGGAUAAUGUCUGAAUCUUCUCUGGACACCAGAAGUUGUGACGUUAUGAAGGUUCUGGAGAGUGACGGGCCGCACGUGGCCGAACCGCCCGCGACCCUCAGCGACCCCCAACACGCGCCCCAGAACAACGGCACACAUGCCCAGGAGUGUGUGACAGACCAAAGUUCCUCCCAUCAAACUCAGCUCGUCCAAUCAGCACAGACUAUUAAACGGUCCAAGUCCAACGGCAAGUUAAAGUUAGUCCGCAGCUUGGCGGUGUGUGAGGAGCCGUCUCCGCCUCCGCCUCCGCUCCGAGAACUGACGCAUGAACAGGAAAAGAUUCAUAUCGAGCUCAGUCAGUCUUUCGAAAAAGACGAAACGUCCAUCAAAAAUGAGGACAGUGAGAAAAUCUCAGAAAAGCCAGAGAAAACAGACCCACUGUCCAAGAAGACACUCUCAAGAGAUCCCAGUCAGGACUACACCGACUCCACAGGAGUAAACCUCCACGAGUUUCUGGUCAACACACUGAAGAACAACCCCCGAGACAGAAUGAUGCUGCUGAAACUCGAGCAAGAUAUUCUGGACUUCAUUAGCAACAUCGAAAGUCAGAAGCGGAAGUUCCCCCCGAUGACAUCAUACCACAGGAUGCUCCUUCACAGGGUGGCGGCGUAUUUUGGGCUGGACCAUAAUGUCGAUCAGACCGGGAAAUCAGUCAUUAUCAACAAAACCAGCAAUACUAGAAUACCAGAUCAGAAGUUUUCUGAACACAUUAAAGAUGAUAAAACAGAUGAUUUCCAAAAGAGGUACAUCUUAAAGAGAGAUAACUCCAGCCUGGACCAGGAUGAUGGCAGGCUGCGGAUGCGUCUUAAGGACGACAGACGGAGUAAGUCUAUAGAGGAGCGAGAGGAGGAGUACCAGCGUGCCAGAGACAGGAUCUUCGCCCAAGACGGACAAGAACAUUUCCCGUUUGAUAAAAGAAUCCAAGAGGACGAGACUUUCAUUAACACUCAGCAAAGACGACAGAUAUUCAGAUUGAGAGACGGGCACUCGGGAAACAGUCGUCAGAGCAGCUCUGAGAACGAGCUGAAGUAUUCGGACCCUCGGCCCUGGAGCAGCACAGAUUCAGACAGCUCCCACAGGAACCUGAAGCCCGCCAUGACCAAAGCCAGCAGCUUCAGCGGCAUCAGCCUGCUGAUCCGAGGAGACAGUACAGCCAGCAGCAAGAGCACCGGGAAACUGUCUAAAACCAGUUCAGACUCUUCUAGUAGCGUAGGUUCCUCUUCCGGGUCGCUCUCUCGGCCGUCUCAGCUGCCGUUACCCACCCCCGUUCUACCCCAGCCCAGUCGGGGCUUCACCGUGGCCCCCGCGGCCCCUCUUCCGGCCCCAGCCCCUCAGAGCACGACUACUAACGCUAACAUUAAUACUAACGCUAGCUUCUACAUCGUUCCUGUGGACAGCACCGCCAUCCCCCCGGGCAGCAUGCUGCUCAAUCCACAGACAGGUCAGCCUUUUGUGAACCCCGAUGGCAGUCCGGUGGUUUACAACCCCACCAUGACAUCACUGCAGGGGCGGGGCCAGCAGCACAUGACUCUACAUCCGCCCCCUCCUCCUCCGCCUCUUCCUCCUCCCCCUCAACCUCAGCCAGCCAAUCACCUUCUAGCACAGUCGUCUGCUCAGCCUGUGCAGUUUGCUGCGGUCUCUUGUGCUCCUCUGCUGCCUGGUGCUUUCACUCAACAAUACACUGUGCAACAGGACGGUUUAAGUGCUCAGUUCAGCCAGAUGAAUCUCAUUCGGCAGCCUUCGGGUGACGCUCCGGACCCCCACACGGGCCUCUACCCACAAUCCCUGCUGCUCCAGAACCCUCCACCCACCGGCUACAUGCUUUCAUCGCCGGGACAGCCCAUGAGCGGUCACGCUUACCCCCAUCCCACAGCCAUCAAUCAAGCGGUCCUGCAGCCGCACGGAUACGUCCAGCAGCCCGUGCAGCAGGUGUCGGCGUGUUACUGCGCCCCAGGACAGUAUUCACACUCCACCCAACACUACAGAGCAGUGACGCCGGUACACUACAGCGCCCCCCAGAGUCAGACACUGCCACCGCAACAGACAGGUUUCCAGACGGUCAUGCCCGCUCAACCCCCCAGUUACCAGGGCAUGAUGGGAAUUCAGCAGACUCAGAACCAAUCGCUGAUCGGCUCUCAGGGCGGAAUGGCCAAUCAGAUUCAGAGCGUGAUGGUGCAGUAUCCCACAAUGCCUCCGUAUCAGGUGUCUGUGCAGCAGGGUUCUCAGAGUGUUCCUCAGGCAGCCUAUCAGCAACAGAUCGUGCUGCAGGGACAGACCAAUCAGGCGCCAGCGCCCUCCGCCAGCAUGCAGGUGUAUUACAGCAUGAUGCCGCCAACGCAACACUCUAGCACCAGCUCGACAGUUGGUUUCCUCCCUCCGCUGGGUUCAGAGCAGAUGCAGUUUCCCCGACCGCCCUCCCCCUGCGGUUCUCAGCCAAUCACAGGCCAGCAGUGCACAGCUGUGCCUCCGCCGCCCCCUGCUGGUGGAGUGGUGAUGAUGCAGUUGAGAGUUCCUCCCAGCCAGCAGCCCAGAGCCCCGUCCCCACCGCACUGGAAACCCACCCGUUACUACAAACACUGCGACCUGCUGCCACAGGACACCACACGGAAUAAUCCACAGCAGCUGCUAAGCCCCUCCCCCUCUCCGGCUCAAUCGCCUGCUCCCGCCCAUCUGGCCAAUAUGAAGGGGCCUCGUCCUGGCCACGCCCCCUUUCCCAUCAUGCCUCAGUUGUCCCGCCCGUACGCUCCAGGCCAAGGUGAGCCAGGGAUAAAAUGGCCUCAACUCUAA